ACUUGAAAUGGAUACAUAGAUAGAUACAACCUUUAUGUUAAUUGAAGCAGGUUAUUCAUGGUUUCUGUAUAUUAAGUACUUACUGUAAUGUAUGUAUAACUGAAUAUAUGAAGAAUAAUGGAUUUAAAUGUGAAGUUGAUACAAGGUUCGAAGAAGCGGAAACCAAUUAUAGAGGAGGGGAUUUUUGUGUCAGAAACAAGAAAGUGGAAAAAGAGACUGUCGUUAAGGUUUAAGAAACAUUUUGGUGCAAAAACUGGAGGAAUUUACCCUUUAUUUGUGUGCGCUGAUGAUUCGUACGGCUCCUACAAGACCCGGUCCCCUCGUGAGCUCGGCAAGUACAAGCGUACCACGUCUGACACCACAUUGCUGAGACAGCAACAGGAUGUUAACACCUUCCAGCCUCUCCCAGAGAACAACGAGACGCCAAACAAACCUCCCCGCAAGAGGCUAGAGGGUCGUGACUCACCCAAUCUGGGUCAGCGCUCAUCAAAUCAAUACCGUAGGUCGCCGCCACAGGUUCCGGCUUUCCAGUCUGCUGACGUGACCUCGGUCCCCCAUGUGGUGAAAUCAGUGGCCCAACCGUUGCCCAAGGUUAAUUUACCAACCAGUAUGACCAGCUCGGGAAGUUUUACCGACACGGUCGUUCAGCGGCCAGGCGAUCGUAACAGUGUGUCUGAGGAACCACGGCCUACUGUGAAGGAUCGCGUGAAAAACAUUGAAGUGUUUGCACAUUCACCUGGCUCUACCAGGUCAGGCAGUCGUGAACGGUUACAUAGCAAUGGAUCUUCUGGAGCAACUGGUGAUGAGAAAAAAGACUCUAGCAUGGAAAAUCACAAAGCAGACUCUUUAGAGCGAUUGGAAAGUUCUGUGACUCAUAGUGAUAGUUUUAGAGACCGGCUUCGACCGGUGGUGAAAAAGUGAGCGAUGAUGAAAGUAAACAUAGUGAGGAUAUGGCUGACAUUGUGUCUUCAACGCCUCCUGUGGUUCCUAACAGGACUUACAAGCAACAACAACCUGCUGUGUCAAAUAGCUCUAGUUACAGAAAAGACUCAUUUCAGAAUCAUGGCCCGAAGCCAUAUGCAAAUAAAUCAAACAACAGUGCCAAUAUUCAUAAUCCUUUACAUCAGAAUAAUGUUGUGAACUUUAGUCAAAGUCAGGACAUGAAGCGAAGUCCGGGUCAGUCGAUACCGGAGCCGCAAGUGCCUGCACGCAGCUGGAAAAACGAGCAGUUUGUGCGAGAUCAAAACUCAAGUGUUUCUAGUCCAGACUCAAGGCAUCACGGUGAUGCAAGUGAUACUGUUAAGAACAAAGAAAAAACGCAAGUCACUAGUGUCAAAGUAGACAGAAAUGGAACCAUGAGACCACGUUUUCACCCAAUACCCGUAGUCACAUUCAUAAUUCUGAUAACCAAAAUGUAGCUAUAUUUCAACAAAAUCACCAUCCCAAAGAAAAAACCAGAGACAGUGAACAAAACCCUGGAACAGUGCCUUCUCAUUCCAUGUCCAGCCCUCCUCAAAGCUGGCAACAUCCCCCCACAUCUGACAACAGACACCCCAGCAGUCAGACAAAAAUGUCCAACACUUCUCCACAUACUCAAAACAUUUCCACUUCGGUUAAUCGUAGUGAUCGCUCAACUCACUCAAAUCGCGCCGACCAGACCUUACCAGAUCAGCCAGUGCAGCCCGCGCUCAGCCAAGUCAGCCUGAACCACGGCCGCCAGCCAGUGGCCCCCCUCGUCAGUGUGCAGCAUGGCCGGCAGCCAUCGGCCGAGGAGCUGGAGUGUGACCUGAGGGCCCAGGAGCUGGCCAAGGUGCUGGGGACAGCGAGAGGGAGCUGUGUGAGGUGCUCCAGUCUGACAGCAAGAUGAGCCGCAUGCAGUUCCUUGAUGGAAUCCUCCAGGUGGAACCCGAGACUCCAGAGGAGCGACGGCCUCGCUCGGCAACCAAGGGCGAUGAGAAAUCGACGCCACAAAAGUCAGAAGAAAAGUCUGAUGAGCCCACCUCUCCGAUGCCUUCAAAUUACUACGUGUCUCCACCGAAGGCCAUGAUAGAGUUGGAGAUAAGAAAACUCACAGACAGCCAUCAGUUAGGACACGACAUCGCAGACAAUGACACCCUCGCACAGAAAAAGGAGGAGCUGUUACAGCGGAUGAUGAAGAAGGUGGAGGUGCUUAAGGAGGACAAGAAGGAGCUGCUGUCAGACAUCACCGAGAACGAGACCCUUGGCAAACAGGUGGGCGUGUUCGUGGAGACGCGGUGUCGCAGUCAGCAGGAGACGGACAAGUACCGCUCGUACAUUGACGACAUCGACAAGAUCAUACGGCUGCUGCUCAAGCUGUCAGGGCUGCUUGCACGCGCAGAGAACACCAUACAGGGCCUCAAGGAGACACUAAUGAGAAACGUGAUCGGUUUGUACCAGCAACAUGAGGACGCCAAGCAGUUGAAGGUGGACAUUGAUCGGCGGCGUGAGCAGGUGGAGGCGUUCCUUGGGGAGUGUCUGAGCGGGGCAGAGCUGCAGGACUACCAGUACUACAUCCGGAUGAAGUCCAAAUACACCAUACAGCUGCAGGAGCUAGAGGAUAAGAUCACGCUGGGAACCGAGCAGAUAUCUGCACUGCAGAAGAGUAUGCCACUGAAGAAGUAACAUCUGCAGGGAGCCAAAUGAUGUGUUGUAUUUUGAACACAAUUUUUACCCGUUCUUAACAGAACCUGUUUCAAUGUGUUGAAGAAUUUUUUAAUUAAGAAACUUUAUAAUUGGGAAUUUAAAUUCGACUCGAAUGGUAAAAAUAAGACUUUGUUGUGACUGCAACAGGUAUAUAAAAACCUAGAACAAACUUUUAAGGAAGUCAAACAAUGUCCUUGCUGAAAGAGAGAUAUUUCAUUUAAUGACUCAUAUAUCUCCUAAUCCCUUGAAAGGAUUUUCUGUUUAGGAUUGUAUUUGUUCAUUGAGGAUUUUUAGUGGUAUGUCAUAGAUGAACUUCAUUGGUACACCAUCUGUAAUUACUUGUCAUUUUAAGAUGCAGAUUUAGAUGCAUUGAUUUGCUUCAGAGGGGGUAAUCACGUGAUAGUCAAGAUGGUGACGUCCAUACCGAGACAGUUAUUUUUCGCUGCUUUAUACCCUUUAUACUUCCGUUUGUUUUUUAAAUGACGCUCACUUUCCAGCCAUAUCAGUAAAAAGGUGAUUAGCGUUUAUUUCGUAUUUAAAUUCGCUUUAUAUCUCGACUUUACUCGGUGCAAAUUUUCUUAGUUAGGUCAUCCCGCUAAGACAUUUUGCACCGAGUAAAGUCAAGAUAUAGAGCGAAUAUUACUUAGAAAUAAAAGACAGUAACUUUCUUUUUAAUAUGGCUGGAAAGUGGGCGGAAUAAAAAAUAAUA